GAAUUAAAAAAAAAGAACGCUGAAUAUAAAUAAAAUAUCGUUAUAUUUUACGAUCUAUGUACACACUGUGUAGUGUUUACCUCUACAUUCAAUUUGAAUUCCAUAUAUAUAUAUAAUAAUAUUGGUCUACCGAAAUGACACGCUGUGCGCUGUGCUAUAUAAACGCGUAUCAAUUACUUACCGCUCUCAUUUCUCGUCUUCAGAUAUGAAUGAGUUGGUCAAUAUACUGCAUAUAUCGAUUCGCAUAUGCAAAUUUAAAAAUAGUUGAAAGAUUAUUUUUGGUAAAUCGUUACGGAUUUACUUGGUUUUAUCUUAUUUAUUUUUUUCAAGAGUUUUUUUUUGUUCUUAAUUUUAAAUCUUAUUUUCGGGUGGUUGAUGCGUUACGCUUAUUCAAUAGUGUUCAAUAGUGCUUUUUCAGUUGAACGAAAACAACGUGUGAAACAUUAACUUUUUGAGUGCUCAUCGCGAUUUAGUACUUAUGCAUCGGGAAGGUACUAAAUGCAUGCUGUGUCCGUGGCUGUUACAAUUGUUUAAUAAACGAAUAUAAACCAAAGAAUAAUUUAUUAAUAAAAAGUUUUAAAAGUGAAUUGACUAUCUGGAUUCGAUAUUAUCUUGGCUGGAACUGAAAGAGUGAAAAACUAAGAACUAUGACACUAAAGCUCAAAUUCGUCAUUUUAUCUGCGAUAUAUCUUCUCUGCAUCCAGAUCUACGAAACGGAAUCAUGCCACUUAGAUCACAUGAAACAUUUUGCUUUGAAUUCGUGUGAAUUACUGAUCGAUGCAUUGAAAAGUGAUUUGAAUCCGCACAAUGAACGGCUCAAGAGAGAAAUCUUUGAAUAUCGUAAUCAAAGAAACAAUAGCCAUUAUGAUGAAAGUCGUCACGUUCGUCCUACUCAUCUAAAAAUUAAGACCAUCAAUUUCCCUGAUAGUGGCUACAUAGUCGUCGAUCAACUGUAUGCAAAAAUAUUGCGGCAUUCUUAUCCAUCAAUGUACCGCCGAAUUCCAAAGAGACACUAUCCACAUGAAGCGGAUAAUAACACUAUGAACAACGAAAUAAUAAAUAGGAGACGCAAACGUCACCAUGAUGAUCAACCGGAUAAUAAGAAAACCAUUAAUUUUACUUAUUGUUGUUCGAACCAUUGUAGAGCGUACGAUUUGUGUGAGUUCUGAAAACUUAUCGGACUUAUGGAUCAGUUAGUCGAAAUUUAGAUUUUAUUUCGUGAGACCAUUGAAUUAAUUGCGAAUAUGAAAUUCGUUUACUGAAAAUAAAUUAUUUUUAGUGUUGGAGUGUUGAUUGUCGCAGAACAUUCUUUUCUUAUUAUUCAAACAUCAUCAAGAAUGAAUUGCGUCGAAAGUACUAAGCCGUCCAAAAAAAAAAAAAAACAAUCGAGCGACCGAUCAAUGUUACUGCCAUAGAGUUUCGUGUCCUAGAUAGAUAAUUUUAUUGUUCGAAUGUAGUAUUUAGUAUUUAAAAAAAAAUUAUUUAUUUGAAAUCAUCACAUCCAUAACAAAAAGAGAAUCCAUCACUCAAACUGCAACUGCUCACAUUAGUUUAGGAUUUAGGUAUGUAGCAAUAAAAAAUGACAAAUAAAUUUACGAAUUUUUUUAGGUAUUAAGUAGGAAUGAUUUUUGAAAAUUUGUAAAAUAUUUUUGAAUGAUUUUACUGAUCAUAAAUUAAUCUACUGCACAUUUUGUAUUAUUAGCUAGUAAAUUGUUUAAUAAACUAAUUAAAUUCUGUUUUGUUUGCGAUUUGGAUAUAAACAUUCUAUUUUUCAUUAAACAAAAA